AUGGCUUUGGCCUGCGCUGGCAUGGUUUCCGCACAAACAUUUACUGACUGCAACCCAUUGAAGAAGACUUGCCCUGCCGACCCAGCUUUUGGAGACACCAAGGUUGAGUGUGACUUUGCCAAGGGCGAGUGCAGUGCUUUCCACAACAUGAUUGCCACAGAACUCAAGUACACCGAGCAAGGUGCUCUUUUCCGCAUCAACAAGGAGACCGAGGCUCCCACAAUCCGAUCAGACAACUACCUCUUCUUCGGCCGUGUCGACGUUGUCGUCCAGGCUGCCAAGGGUCAGGGUAUUGUCACCAGCGCCGUUCUUCAGUCUGAUGACCUCGAUGAGGUCGACUGGGAGUGGGUUGGAGGUGAUGAUGCUCAGGUCCAGUCCAACUACUUUAGCAAAGGUGAUACUUCCACCUACGACCGUGCCCAGUACCAUCCCGUCUCUGCUCCCCUGAGCACUACUCACAAGUACUCUGUUGAGUGGACAUCCACCAAGAUUGACUGGCUCAUUGACGACGUCGUUGUCCGAACCCUCAACGCUGCCGAUGCCAAGGGCGCCGCUGGUUUCCCCCAGACUCCCAUGCAGGUCAAGAUGGGUACUUGGGUCGCCGGUGGCAAGAACAGCAACGAGGGAACUCGAGAGUGGGCUGGCGGAUACACCGACUUCAAACAGGCUCCCUUUGAUGCUUACUACCGCAGCGUCACCAUUGUCGACUACGCUGGAAAGGACGCCCCUGGCCAGAACCCUGGUGCCAAGGAGUACCUCUGGACCGACAAGUCUGGUGACUGGGAGAGCAUCGAUGUCAAGAAGACUCUGUCUGAUACCGAGACCAGCGCCAGCACCACUGUUACCAAGGCUACCAAGACUGCCGAGCCUACUAAGACCAAGACUGCUGAGCACACCUCCACUGUUGAGGAGACUACCAGCGCUGUCGUGACCAAGACCAAGACCGCCGAGCACGAGUCCAAGACUCAUGAGACUCAGACUGAGUCUGCCAAGGAGACCAAGACCACCGAGGCUGCUACCACCUUCUCCACUGCCACUGCUGUCGCCAGCACCACUGUUGUUUCUGAUGAGGCCGCUGCCACAUCCACUGGAGGUGCCAGCUCUGGCCCUGACUCUGGUGUCAACUCUGGUGCCGCUGUUGACCGUGGCAGUUCCUCAGACUCUGCUGAUAGUGCUCCCAGCGACACUCCCGUCGCUGUCAACUCUGGCUCUCGCAUGGCCGGCAGCUUGAUCACUGCUUUUGCAGGUCUCAUGCUUGCUCAGAUCAUCAUCUAA